UGAUUAAACAAAAAUAAUAAAGAUUUUAAAAUUGUUGUCUUACUUAGUAAACGAGACUUGGAGAGUUGACGAGGUUUCAUAAUAGUUUAGUGAAUGUCAACUAACAACCGGCAACAUGGCUAUGGGAAGGAAAGGAAACGUGCGGCUGCCGCCGGAGGUGAAUCGGAUAUUAUAUAUUCGAAAUUUACCCUACAAAAUCACAACUGAAGAAAUGUAUGAUAUAUUUGGAAAAUAUGGAGCCAUACGACAAAUUAGACUUGGUAACACAGCUGAAACCCGAGGAACUGCAUAUGUAGUAUAUGAAGAUAUAUUUGAUGCAAAGAAUGCUUGUGAUCAUUUAUCUGGUUUCAAUGUAUGCAACAGGUACCUUGUGGUACUAUAUUAUCAAGCAGUGAAGGCUUUUAAACGAAUUGACCAAGACAAAAAGAAAGAUGAUAUUGAUAAAAUAAAAACAAAAUAUGGAUUAAGCACACCAGAGAACAAGAAAUGAUUUUUCUAUACACAAAAUAUGGACCAGAUAUUACAAAAAAAAAAUGUGAAGUGAAUAUCUUACUGAAAAAACAUCAUCUCCCAUCUGCUAUUUUACUUGUCAUCUUAAAUUUGAGACUUUAACUUCAUAUACACAAACCAUAUCUUUGACCUCAAAUUUUGUUUCAGUAUGGGAUGUAGUAUAUCUUUGAAACUAUUUGGGUUUCCAUUUUUAAAUUUCAUCUAAUUCAUUUUAUUUUUUUUUACAUUGGAUAUAAGCAUGGGAACAGAAAUAUAUGUAAUGGGAAGAUAAAGAGAAAGAAGAAAAAAAAGACGCUUCUUUCUCUUUAUUUGACAUCCAAACACAUUUCAAUGUUCACGCCUAUAUUUAAUAGGAUAUGUAUUUUAGUAUAAAAGGCAGAUUUCAUAAAAAUAAUAUUUGUUGAACUGUUCACGUUGGUAUUUAUCAUUACAAUUUGUCUUUAAUUAUUCAAAAGUAUAUACUAUACUUUUCCAUGCAAGUUUGUGCUGACACAUGGAAAUUCUUGCAUAAAUUAUCAUGCUAAUAAUUGUACAUCCUUUCAUAUUCAUAAAACCAAUAACCUCAUGACUAUUAUUUUAUGUCUUCUCUGAAAUCAAUAAAUCAUUUUUUGAUGGAUGCUAUGAACUGGAAAGUUGAACACAAA